AUGCAGUUCGUCGUACUCGUCGCCCUGAUCGCUGCCGCCUUAGCCAAUUCCGCCUAUCCUGGCUCAACUUAUCCACCUUCCUCUUACAAUAGGCCUUCCUACACGGCGUCAACUUACGAGACCAGGGAAUACGCCACGCAGCCAUACGAUUUCAAUUGGGCCGUCAAUGAUGGCUAUGGCAACGACUACUCCCACUCUGAGAGCAGCGACAGCAAAGUAACCACCGGCAGUUAUCGCGUCCUGCUGCCCGAUGGUCGCGUUCAGAUCGUCACCUACAAAGCUGAUAGCUACGGAUACACGGCUGACGUAAAGUACGACGGCGAAGCCAAAUACCCCACUGCCUCCUAUUCCGCACGUAGCUACUCAGCACCACUUUACACUGCUCCUGUUGCCACCGCUCCCGCUCUUUACGCUAUACCCUCUACGGCUACCGCAGCCGGCCCAAUCUACAGGUCUUCCGUUAACGUUGCCCACGUUUACUAA